CAGCAGCACAUCUGGAACAUCACCGAGCCGGCGCUGUUCUCGAGCGGCGUCGCCAUGCGACCGGGCCAGCCGCCGUGGUUCCUGGGCGCCAUGGGCAAGACCAAGGUCGUGUCCAAGAACAUUUCGGCGCUGGCGCUCAUCACCGAGCAGGCCAGCAAGAACCUGGCCGGCAAGCUGAACCUGUCUCCGCGAGACGUCACCUUCGGGCUGACCAAGGUGGACGUGCGCGGCACCCUGGCCCAGGCCCUGUGCCCGUACAAGUCCGGCAGGCUGGCGCCCCCGUGCUCGGCGCAGCGGUUCAGGACGUACGACGGCUACUGCAACAACCUGCAGAACCCGUACUGGGGGAGCGCCAACCUGCGCUACCUGAGGUUCCUGCCGCCCAGCUACGCCGACGGCAUCAGCUCCCUUCGCGUCGACUCGCGCGGCCGGCAGCUGCCCAGCGCGCGCACCGUCAGUGCGUCCAUGUUCCUGGAUCAGGACCGGCCUCACGACCAUGCCUCCAUGAUGACCAUCGCCUGGGGCAAGUUCGUCUUCCACGACAUGUCGCACACGGCUCAGAGCGCCGGUUUCGAAGGGUCACGCAUCAAGUGCUGCGACGUGGCCGAGGGCUUCGAACACCCGGAGUGCUUGCCCAUCGACGUGCCGGCCCAGGACCCGUACUACGGCCGCUUCGGCCAGCGCUGCCUCGAGUACGUGCGCUCCAGCGCCGCCCCUCGGGAGACGUGCGGACUGGGACCACGUGAGCAGAACAACCAGGUGACGUCAUUCCUGGACGGCUCUACCAUCUACGGCUCGUCCGAGGCCGAGGCCAAGUUCCUGCGCGCCUUCGAGGCGGGCCAGCUGCUCAGCCAGCGGACGCAGGGAGGCGAGGAGCUCCCUCCGGCCGACCUGUCCACGCUCGACUGCCGGCGCGGUUCGCAGGACCCGCCCUGCUUCUCGAGCGGGGACCCGCGCAUCAACUCCGACCUGGGUCUGGCCAUGAUGCACACGGUGUGGCUCAGGGAGCACAACCGGGUGGCGCGAAGCCUGCAGGGUCUGAACCCGCAGUGGGACGACGAGAGAACCUUCCAGGAAGCUCGCCGCAUCGUGGGCGCCGAGAUGCAGUUCAUCACGUACAACGAAUUCCUGCCGGCGCUGCUGGGACCGGAAGUGGUCGAGCGGUUCGGGCUGCGCCUCGAGAACCAGGGCUACUUCCGGGGAUACGACGCACGCCGCCUGCCCGGAGUUACCAACGUCAUGGCGGCCGCCGGUGUCUGGGCUCUGGCCUCCGCUGCACCCGCGCAGGUGGAACUGUUCGACCCGGGCCGGUUCCAGCGGCUGGGCAGCCUGCCGGAGACGGCGUUCCGGCCCCAGGAGCUGUACACGCGGCUCAAGCAGAUCGCCGCCGGCGCCCUCAUGCAGCACGCCCAGAAGAUGGACAACUUCGUCUCGAGACACGUGACCCAGGACAUGUUCGCCUCCUCAAACAGAGAGUCCGGCAUAGACUUGACCUCCGUUGCGAUCCAGCAGGGCCGGGACCACGGCCUCGCAGGCUACACCCGCUGGCGCCAGUUCUGCGGCCUGCGGACCAUCGACGACUUCGACGGCCUGUCGCGAGUCAUGAGCUCGGACGCCGCGUUCCGAUUGAGCCAGCUGUACCCCACCGUGCACGACGUCGACCUGCUGCCAGCUGCCCUGGCCGAGACUCCCGUCGAAGGCGGCCUCGUCGGUCCCACGCUCGCCUGCAUCUACGCCCACCAGUUCCGGCACCUGCGCGUCUCGGACAGGUUCUGGUUCGAGAACGCCAACCAGCCGUCGUCCUUUACCGAGGACCAGCUGCGCGAACUGCGAAAGACAAGCCUCGCUCGCGUCCUCUGCGACAACGUGUUCCUCAGGUCCGGCGGAGGAGUGGUGCAGCCGCGGACCAUGAGGGUUCCGGACCCGUGGCUCAACAACCUCAUGUCGUGCGAGGACAGGCUCCUGACGAACGUCGACCUGGACGCCUGGCAGGAGGGGUCGAGGCUGCUCAACGUACCCGACUCGGUUCUUCAGGAUGCGCUCGCCGAUCUGGCGGCGUCCCAGGGAGGCCAGUUCGGCAGGUUCAACAGCCGCGGUGGUUUCAUGAGGGCCACGGCGGGUUCCAGGAGCAUACACAACCAGUCCGAGGCUCUGGAGCUGGCUACGAGGCGCCUGCUCAAGGCAAUGAAAAAGGGCGAGAGCAGGCAAGACGUCAUUCCGGCACUCAGGCAGGUCGACCUGUCCAAGUUCGCCACAGAGUUCGAGGAACCGGCCGCCUGCGAGGAAGAGACCCUGGGUCCCUGCGACCAAAGGACGCCAUUCAGGACACUUUCCGGCCGCUGUAACAACCUCAGGCGGCCUAACCUGGGCAAAGUGGGAAACAGCUUCAGAAGAGUCCUGCCAGGCUUGUACGAAGACGGCGUGUCUGCGCCGCGUUCGCGUAGUGUCACCGGAACACCACUUCCCAGUCCCCGACUGGUCUCUUUCACUGUUCACGGAGACUCCAGCCGCCCUCACCAGCGGUACACCAUGAUGCUCAUGCAGUUGGGACAGUUCAUCGACCACGACAUCGCGCACACGCCGCUUGCCGAAGGCCCCAACGGCGAGACGCUGCGUUGCCGAGCGUGCGACUCGCCGCGUCGCAUCAACAAGGAGUGCUUCCCCAUUCCCAUCCCGACCAACGACCCGCACUUCCCUAGCGUCAGUCGGAAGAAUCCCAACAUCCCCCAGUGCCUGCCCUUCACUAGGUCCAUGUCAGGGCAGAGGACUCUCGGAAGCAGGGAACAGAUAAACCAGGUCACGGGGUACAUGGAUCUGUCGACCGUAUACGGCUCGGACGACUGCGCCAGGGAAGAGCUCAGAAUCUUCCGCGGUGGUCUGCUGAACAUGAGCGCACACCCCGCCGGACCGCAGUUCAAGCCACUGCUGUCCGAAGUGGACGGCGCUGCGGACUGCAUCUCGUCCAACGGCCGCUGCUUCAUAGCUGGAGACACGCGCGUCAGCGAGCAGCCCGGACUCACCUCAAUGCACACCAUCAUGUCGAGGGAACACAACCGCGUGGCCCGCGCACUUCAGAGCCUGAACCCUCACUGGAACGACGACCGCCUCUUCGAAGAAGCGAGACGCAUCGUCGGCGCCAUGUACCAGCGGAUCGUCUACUCCGAGUUCAUACCGCGGACACUGGGCUGGGAGUCCGUGAGCCACUGGGGCUUGCACCUCCUCGACGAAGGAUACUACAGUGGAUACGACCCCAACUGCGACGUCGGAUCGUUCAACGAAUUCGCGACGGCUGCGUUCCGCUUCGGCCACACGCUACUGCCCCCGGUGCUGAAGCUGGUAGGACCCGCGUACGACGAGCUGGGAGGCCUCAAGCUCACCGACGCGUUCUUCAACAGCCAGACCCUGUACCGUAGGGACAGGUUGGACCAGCUGCUGCGAGGCCUUCUCUCGACGCCAAUGGAGAACUUCGACAACCACGUGACCGAAAUGGUCACCAACCACCUUUUCGAGUCCAAGACCGUGCCCUUCUCCGGUCUCGACCUGGUCGCCAUCAAUCUACAGCGAGGUCGUGACCAUGGUCUGAGGACGUACAACGACUACCGCGCCUUCUGCGGGCUGACGCGCGCCCGUUCCUGGUCCGACCUGGAGGGCCACAUUCCGCGCAACACACUCCGGGCCAUCGCCGGAGUCUACCGCGAUGUGGAGGACGUCGACGUGUUCACGGGCGGACUGUCGGAGUUCCCGCUGGCCGGGGCCGUGGUUGGCCCGACGUUCAGCUGCCUGCUGGGAUUCCAGUUCCAGCGGCUUCGGCGCUGCGACCGCUUCUGGCACGAGAACGGCGACACGGUGGUGCGGUUCACGCCCGACCAGCUGGCACAGAUCAGGAAGGCCUCGCUGGCCAAAAUCAUCUGCCAGAACUCGGACACGACGCGGUUCAUCACCAGGAAGGUGCUAGACGUCUACGACCCCUUCCUCAACCCGAGGGUUUCCUGUGGUAGCAUACAAGACGUCGACCUCAACUUUUGGAGGGAUAACAUUGUGUAGAAACAGCCUAUAGAGCAACGAGAAGACUGUUCGUGUGAGAGUAGCGACGACCGCUACGCGGCGCUCGAGCUGCCAUCGCACGCGGAAGCGAUGAGCUCCAGCUGGAGAAAGACUGAACGUGAUAGUGACGUCACGUGCCGUCACGUGACGGAAGUGUCCCACCAAACGGCAUUCAACGCGGGAGCUCUCCGAGAGACCACAGCUGCGAAACUCUGCGUUUUUUUUUUCUUUUUUUUUUUUUCUUUUCCGAAAGUGUCUACCGAUGUGUGCUUCGGUUAAAAUUGAACAGUAAUGUAUUUAGAGAGUUUUAGAGAACUUUCGAUUUGCCCGUAUGACUUAUUACCCUUCACGGAAUACCGGGCUGCCGAAGGUGCAGACGAGAGUAUUGUAGUGAGAUGGCGCCGUGUUAGUGGCGCAAUCUCCAGAGGGACACUGAGCUAUUACUGUUAGUGACCUACCAUGUUCUACAUAACUGCCAUUGUAAAGCGUUAGUGGCUACCUAUUCGUCAACAAUUCAUUUCUAUGUUCCUUCACAGACAACACCACGGAACAAAAGAAAUAAUCAAUUAGUUAACGACUUUUAGAACAUCUUGCAGUUGGACAAAGUGCCACAAGGUGUCACUAUACCAGUGUUGCCACUGCCGUCCACGUCCCCGAUAGCACGGUAUAUAGUAAAGGGUGAUACGUCUUCGGUCAAGCUAUAUAGUUCACCUUAACUAGCAACAUUAGGAAUAAGACGGACCGUGAACGCCGCCUUACGGGCACGAACAAUGUGAUCACGAGGAAGUGUUGACAACCAUUUUUGUUUCUCAAACGGAGGGGGAGGAGCUUACAGCAUGCUUACGCCAUAUUUAACUCCAUUUUUACACUUCUCGUACUACCUGAUAAUGUUGGUUGACUCGUCCAUGUGGAGUUCGUUCACUUUGCCCAUGUCUAAACGGAGUCAAAAUACAUCCAUUGAGGUAUUACGAGAAUUAUCGGAUAUUGUAGCUAAUUAGGAAAGAGUGGUCACUCCCGACCCUAUUCUUCGUAGAGCGAAAAGAAGAUGCUGUGCAGCCUACCCUCGUACGUCACGCGUUUGUCGCAAACCUCUGGCAUUUCCAUUACACUAUGGUGCUUUUAAUAUUGUCGCGAUAACAAUAUUCUCGUAACAAUACACACAAUAGAAGUGCUGUCAGAACGACUCGUUGCAUAAAAAAAAACGCUUUCUUUUUUUUUUCUGUUUGCUGUCGCGUAUGCAACGGAUGUUUACAAGUCAACGGAACGGGCAGGUCGCCAAGGAAAAAAACCGUAGUUUCGCAGCCACGUCUCGCUCGUAGGACUCAGCUGUUCAUUUCACACGUAGGCGCCAUCAUCACGCUUAGAUGCGCAUUACUAAACGUAAUUCAGCACGCCUAUAGGAUAGCUUCUAUCACGCUACUCACUUCGUCGAAAUCACACAUAUCGCCAUCAUUUCACCAAGAUUACCAUCAUUAGUGAAGCGAAAAAAAAAUAGUAUGUAUACACCCUAGAAACUGCUUUUGAAGACUACGCGCGGCAUUUUUUUAUAUAACUUAGACGCCACCAUGGCAUACUUCUUCUGACUGCGUAGGUUCGACGAUAAAAAACUGGACCUAUAUAUAUAGUAAUAAUACAUGACGGUUGUUGAAUGGAAAGAUACUGGUCUUUUGUCAUGUCCCACGAUUGUCUCUCGGACAGUUUUUCUGCUACAUCAGCAACUGUUACCUGAUUCAGCUUUUGUUCAUUCUUGUCUAACGUUGCCAUGUGACACGUGUUAUCAAGCACAAAUUAAAUGAGGAGAAGAAGAGUUUCAAGCAAGAAAAGCAAAAUUAUGACUGCUCUUGUAUCAUGAUUACUUUGUAUCAAGCCACCCGAUUCAUGGCGUAUCGCUCGUAAUGCGAUGCGCCUUCACCACAUAUUAUCAACCAACAAACUAACCUCGUAUCAAAGAAUGAAUAUCAACAUCAAGCUUGAAGUAGCCGCGAUAUCAGAACGACCGAUUUGGAGGAGGACAUGUUUACUGCUUAAGAAUACAUGAUGAACACCAAAUUAUUAAAGCAAGUGCAGUGUUUCUUUCCAUUGUUCUUUCGCAAAACGAUGUUAAACACAUGUGCUGGAUUCACUGUGUCAAACUGUGACACAACAUUCGUCUAUCCGAUGUUUGAGAGGUACCGUAGUUUCAAGACUAUACCCAUAAGCUAUAGUCCGCAUGAUGUUGUUUCAGCUGAGUGUAGAAAGGAAGCGUUUCAAUUGGACAGUGCGCAUCUAGCAAACAUUAAGCUGGAUAUUUAAAACCUAUUGAGUGCUAAACUGAGCUCACGUCUAACCAGACAUUGCGGCGACCACAAGCGGUAUCAGCGUAGCUGUGCGAAUGCGUUGUGGAAUGAGUUGGGCGCAGGCUAUCGGUGUCUCUUUCUCUUUUCUGUAUAGGGACAAUAUUCCCGAGUGAUAGUUUAAAUCCAGAGAGCAAAUAACGCAUGUCUCCAGGCGCAGAACCAGCCAACUCCAAAGGGAUGCCCUGAAUAUUACAUAGCUGUGGACAGUCCUCACUGCCGUGAUAUCCGACAUCUAAGCUAGUAAAUUCCGCUGACUGCAGUCAAGAAAAUGCAGCAACCGUUCUGCAAAGGAUUGUCGAUUCGGCGAUAUGCCCGACGAAUGAUAUUGCAAUACGGAAGAACUCUGUGCAUGAAAGGUACCGAUUAUUUACGCUACAGAUGUGAGCGCAUGAAAGUAGAGUAUGCUCUUGAAUGUAGAAUAUCUCAGGAUUGUGCAAUUCCUCCUUAGUAACUCUGGAAUAUUAAGAAUGGUGUUUAUAAUUAUCAUGAUGAUGAUUAUGUUAAGUGCCAGUGGUCAAAGGUACUCAUUAGUUACACUACAGAUGUGUGCGCAUGAAUGUACAGUGUGCUCUUGAAUGUAGAGUAUCUCAAGAUUGUGCAAUUCCUGCUUAGUUUAUAACUCUGGCAUAUUAAGUGUAUGAUGAUGACGAUAAGUGCCAGUGGUCGCGCAGCACUAUAUCAGCCCGUUUACUACACCGUGCCUGCACGCGCACUUGCUAGGCGCUUGGCUAAUUACUUAACUCGACACAAUUAUGAGCUCACAGUCCCCGCCAAGAACAUCACGUGGGGCGAAGCAUUCUUAAUGCCACCUAGAGUUGUUUCGUUUAAGGGAUCGUCCGGCAAUUUUUUUACAGUGCGUUAUUGACACACAGAGUGGUGUUUUUUUUUUUUCAACACACAGUUAGGUGUGCCAGUCCACAAUAGUUUUCGAAAUUUCGCUAGCAGUCUGUGCGUGACGCCACAGGCGUCCUCUCAAUACGUUUCAACUAUAACGUCAGAUUCUUCUUUCGCGUUCUGAAUUUUUGCUCGGACUCGCUAUGUGACAAUCUGUGACAAGACAUGCACAUACAGAACAAUACCGCACAAUACCUACGACGUCAUAUUGCGCCGCCCGAGCUGGAUUAUUUCAAGUUUCGUAUUCAAUAUAACAAAAAUUGACAAGAUCUUGGUAGUCUGCUAUUCCUGAACAUAAAAGAAAACUGUGUGUAGGUUGUUUUAGAGGUAGGAUAGCAUGAUUUCCUUCAGAUCUCGAAAUCACAUGAUACCGCCCGAUGAUCCCUUCGAGCACCGCGUCUUACUUGUGACAAAUGCCGCGACAAAUACAUUCCUCUUGUCUGUCGUAUCGUCAUAUUUGUAAAUAAACUUUUGUUCAUAGUUCCUGAA